AAAUCGGCUAAUAGAACCCGCAAAACCCUAAUUUUUCCUCAUCCUGACGCUCACUUAAAAUCUCUCACUCGUCCUCUCUGUGUGAAUUGACCGAACAAGGUCUCAUCCGAUCCGAAGACAAGGAAGGAGGGCGCAAUCUCUUCAUCGUUCUUGGCAACCGACAGCCCUCACCCCCAUCCUCACUCUCAGCGACAGGCGCAAUCUCAAUCGGCAAUCUCCAUCGCACGCAAGAGAAGCAUUUCUCAUCCGAGAAAAUGUCAUUUCGCUACUCCGAAUGUCUCCCAGUUUCGCUUAAUCGCACACCCUCCUUCUUAAUUGACAACAGCUAGCUUUCAUUUGAGACGAAUCACCCACGGAAGACUGAUCAUCAGUGGUUAUGGUGCGACAGUCCCUAGAUCCUGCAGGCUGCAGCGCAGCAACAAUAGAGAUCGCCAAGCCCAUCAAGCAUCACCUAGAAGAAAAUGGAACGCCGACCUCGAUGACGCUGGCUGGCUUUAAUACGUGUAAAUACGAAUCAAACAAGUGCAGUUAAGCCCUCAACUGUUGAGUCACAAUCCCACAACUGCUGAAUCAAACCUCACCUCCGUUCGCUUGAUUCUGGGCUCUGAAUUUCUGACUCACCGACUUCAUCCAGUCCAAUCAGCACAUGAUUCCGGUAGAUCCACGAUCAUGGCGACUCUCUUAGCUCAGUUUCAGACUAUAAAGAACUCGUCUGAUCACCUCGUAAUUGCUGUUGAGGAUGUGAGCGACUUGUGGCCUAUUGUCAAGACGGGUUUUGAAGAGCGUUUGCCAUUCAGAACAGCUUGUUUGAAUAACAAAACACGUAAUCCUGUGGUUGUGGAGAAACUGCCUGCUGAGUUUAUAUUGACAACAGAUUCAAGACUUCGUAGUCGGUUUCCUCAGGAGCAACUAUUAUUUUGGUUCCGGGAACCGUAUGCAACUAUCAUUCUUGUUACUUGUGAGGAUCUUGAUGAGUUCAAGACGAUUCUUAAACCACGCCUGAAACUAAUUGUUCAAAAUGAUGAACGUGAGUGGUUCAUCGUGUUUGUGUCUAAGGCUCAACCACACAAUGAUCAGGCCGCCAAGCUUGCAAAGAAAGUAUAUGCUAAAAUAGAGGUUGAUUUCAGCUCAAAGAAGCGGGAAAGGUGCUGCAAGCUAGAUAUGCAUGGACCAGAAGCAAAUUUUUGGGAAGAGUUGGAGUUUAAAAUCAUGGAAUGCAUCAGGAACACACUUGAUAAGCGAAUACAGUUUUAUGAGGAUGAGAUUCGCAAGCUCAGUGAACAGCGUUUCAUGCCAGUUUGGAACUUCUGCAAUUUUUUCAUCCUGAAGGAAAGUUUGGCUUUCAUGUUUGAAAUGGCUCAUCUCCAUGAAGAUUCAUUACGUGAAUAUGAUGAACUUGAGCUCUGCUACUUGGAAACAGUUAAUAUGAACGGAAAACAAUGGGACUUUGGAGGAAUGGACCAUGGAGAUGAUCAGGCUGCUCUGCUAAACCCUGGGAAUAAACCAUUGACGCAGAUUAUUCAAGAUGAUUCAUUUAGAGAAUUUGAAUUCAAACAAUAUCUCUUUGCCUGCCAAGCAAAGCUAUUGUUCAAGCUGAGUCGUCCCUUUGAAGUUGCAUCCAGGGGCUAUUCAUUUAUCAUCAGCUUUUCUAAGUCACUGGGACAGCGUGAGAGUAUGUUACCCUUCUGUAUGCGUGAAGUUUGGGUAAUAACUGCUUGUUUGGCUUUAAUCAAUGGAACUGCCUCUCAUUAUAGUGAUGGACAAGUGACACCUGAUAUAGAAAAGGAGUUUUACCGCCUACAGGGUGAUCUUUAUUCUCUUUGUCGGGUUAAGUUCAUGAGGCUUGCAUAUUUAAUUGGUUAUGGAUCUGACAUUGAAAGAAGUCCUGUCAACAGUGCUUCUCUCAGCAUGCUACCUUGGCCUAAGCCAGCAGUUUGGCCUUUAGUUCCACCUGGUGCUUCGUCUGAGGUUCUUGCUAAAGAAAAGAUGAUUCUUCAAGCAACACCGAGGGUUAAGCACUUUGGAAUUCAGAGGAAGCCAUUACCUCUAGAACCAUCUGUACUUUUACGGGAAGCUAAUCGCCGAAGGGCUUCUCUUUCUGCUGGGAAUGUGUUUGAAUUAUUUGAUGGUCUCCCAAUUACUGAUGGAUCAGGUUCAGAUGUACCUCCUAGGAUGUCCCCGUCGGCAAAUAUGCAUAAAGUUUCUAUGUCAAGAACUAAUUCUUCGCCAGGAAACUUUGAGAGCUCCAUUGAUCGACCUAUGAGACUUGCUGAGAUCUAUGUUGCUGCUGAGCAUGCCCUGAAGAGUACAAUUUCUGAUCCUGAUAUUUGGAAGUCACUAUCAUCUGUAGAGGAGUUUGAGAACAAAUAUCUAGAGCUAUCAAGGGGUGCCGCUGAAAAUUAUCAUCGUUCUUGGUGGAGAAGGCAUGGAGUUGUCCUUGAUGGUGAAAUAGCAGCUGUCUUCCAUAAGCAUGGGAAUUUUGAUCUUGCUGCAAAGUCGUAUGAGAAGGUUUGUGCUCUCUAUGCUGGCGAAGGAUGGCAAGAUUUGUUAGCCGAAGUCCUUCCCAAUUUAGCAGAAUGUCAAAAAAUACUGAAUGAUCAAGCUGGCUAUUUAUCAUCUUGUGUGAGACUGCUGUCACUGGAUAAAGGUCUAUUCUCAACCAAGGAACGUCAAGCUUUUCAGUCAGAACUUGUCUUUCUUGCACAUAGUGAAAUGAAGCACCCUGUGCCCCUAGAUGUGUCAUCAUUGAUAACAUUUUCUGGCAAUCCUGGGCCACCAUUGGAGCUGUGUGAUGGGGAUCCUGGUACCCUAUCUGUUACCCUCUGGAGUGGCUUUCCUGAUGAAAUAACUCUUGAAUCACUUAGUCUCACCCUGAUGGCUACAAAUAAUGCAGAUGACGGUGUCAAGGCAAUAAGGAGCUCUGCAGCUACCAUACUAAUGCCUGGCAGAAAUUCUAUCACUCUUUCUCUACCUCCACAAAAACCAGGUUCCUAUGUCUUGGGGGUUCUUACUGGGCAGAUUGGUCAUUUGAGAUUUAGAUCUCAUAGUUUUUCAAAAGGUGGACCUGCAGAUAGUGAUGAUUUUAUGAGUUAUGAGAAGCCUACUAGGCCUAUCUUAAAGGUCUUCAAACCAAGGUCUCUGGUUGAUCUUGCUCCGGCUGUUUCAUCUGCUUUGCUAAUUAAUGAACCUCAAUGGUUUGGAAUAAUUAUUAAGCCAAUUAAGUACUCCCUUAAGGGUGCUGUCUUAAAUAUUGACACUGGUCCUGGUUUGAAGAUUGAGGAAUGUCAUGCCAUUGAAAUGGAAAGAUAUGCUGACAUAUCGCAAAAUCGAGCUGACGUAGUGUACUCAGAUGAUGCUAGAAAAACUGAUUUUACUGUUACUGAAGAGUUUAAACAAUUAACUCUUCAGGAUGGAAGAAUUGAGUUGCCAGAAUGGGCAAGUGGUAUAAAUUCUGUCCUAUGGAUUCCGGUACGUGCUAUUAGUGAUAGUCUUGCUCGAGGAACAAACACAGCUAUUCCCCUACAACAGAGUCUUGUGGAUGGGUUGAGGACAAUAGCUUUGAAACUUGAGUUUGGAAUAUCACACAAUCAAUCAUUCGAGAGGACGGUAGCUGUGCAUUUCACCGACCCCUUCCAUGUGACUACACGUGUAGCAGACAAAUGCAAUGAUGGUACUUUACUAUUGCAGGUGAUACUCCACUCUCAAGUGAAGGCCUCAUUGACCAUCUAUGAUGCUUGGUUGGAACUUCAAGAUGGAUUUGCUCAUACUGGACAAGGUGAUGGAAGACCCACUUCUAGCUUCUUUCCACUCGUUGUCUCCCCUACAUUCAAAGCAGGAAUGAUGUUUAGUAUAUGCUUGGCAACUCCAAUGGCUGAAGAUGAAGCCAAGGUAUUGCAUCCGGAUAGUAUUUUACAUAUCAAAUAUGGAAUUGCUGGUGAUAGAAUUCUUGGAGCUCACAACCCUGUCGUCCUAGAACCCAAGGAGUCUGGAGAUGCUCCACAGCAUCUUAUAUUCAGGAGUGCUCUUGCUUUACAGCAGCCUGUCUUGGACCCUUGUUUGGCAGUUGGUUUUCUUCCUCUUCCUUCAAAUGGUCUUAGAGUUGGGCAGCUUGUUACCAUGCAGUGGAGAGUUGAAAGGUUAAAGGAUUCUGAUGAGAAUGUGCUUUCUGAGAAGAAUGCAAGCCAUGAGAAUGCAGUAUUAUACCAAGUUAAUGCAAGUUCAGAGAACUGGAUGAUUGCAGGGAGGAAAAGGGGGCAUGCCCCGCUCUCCAUAAAGCAAGGUUCAAGGAUAGUUAUCUCAAUAUUAUGUCUCCCUCUGGUAGCAGGAUAUGUCCGUCCUCCUCAACUAACCUUGCCAAAUAUUGAUGAGACAAAUAUAAGUUGCAAUCCUCCUGGACCUCAUUUGGUCUGUGUGUUGCCUCCAGCCCUGAGUUCCUCUUACUGCAUACCAGCAUGAUGUAGUUGGAGUCUUGCUUUUGCUUUUCCGGAUUCUGUUGAAGACAUAGUCAAGUAGCUAUUUUUCCCGUGACAUGUAAAUGUGUAUUAGUUUUCCAAUUUUUGAAUUUCUUUUACAUGGGUUUGGUGGCUUUUUUGAGUGUUAAAAGCAUGUUAUACAUGUAAUGUCUUGCCUCCUGUACAGUGUGGCUGGAACCUGUAAAAUAGUAGAGUGAUUCGAAAAUAGGAGCAGAAAUUUACUUCCGUCUGUGUGACACUUGAUAGAAAAAUGGAAUCAUUGAGAAAAACGCUUUAGUUGUGCGAGGGUUUUUGGUCAA